CCAUCAUUAUUUUUUUCUCCCUCACAGAAGCGGGUCCGCCAUGGCUAAGCAGGAAACAACUGCGGGGCACACAAACCCUGCCUUUGUUAAUGAUGAGGGGUCUCCAGGCGUAAACAAAGCGGCAGAGGCAGGCGAAGCGGCAGCAGUGAUAAAGAAAAAGGAAUUAACAAAGGAAGAGAAACAGGAAAAGUUCCAGAUGCUGAAGAACGUGUUCAUUAUCUCGAUCGCGUUCAUGUUCUUGUUCACCAGUUUCAACUCUAUGGCGAAUCUGCAAUCGUCCAUUAAUAAAGUCGAAGGCACGACCGCCCUGUCCACCCUCUACGCCGCCCUCGUCAUCUCCUGCGCCUUCGUCCCCACGUGGAUGAUCAAGAAAUUCAAAGCCAAGUGGACCCUCGCCGUUUCCAUGCUGGGUUAUUCGACCUACAUCGCCGCCCAGUUCUACCCUCGCGCGUGGACUCUCGUGCCCACGUCGAUACUGCUGGGUCUCGGCGCCGCACCCAUGUGGUCGGCGAAGUGCACUUACCUCACGCAGGUCGGGACGAAAUACGCAGCCCUCGUGGGUGAAAAUGCGGAAGUCGUCAUCGUCAGGUUCUUCGGCAUCUUCUUCCUGUUCUUCCAGUCGACUCAGGUGUGGGGGAACCUCAUCUCCUCUACAGUCUUGUCCCAGGGAAAGGAAAUCGACGACACCCCUGACGAGGUAGCUCUCCUGUCCUGCGGCGUCAAUUUCUGCCCUGGUACUCAUGCUGAUAACAAUAACACCAACUUGGAAAAACCACCAGAGGCUCAGAUCUACACCAUGGCUUCCAUCUAUCUGGCAUGUGCACUGCUCUCCUCCGUUAUCAUUGCUGUCUUCGUCGAUCCGCUGACCAAGUACGGUGAAGACGACCGUGUGGGUUCCUCGACAGGCAAAAGCGGCCUAGAACUCCUGAUCGCUACCUUCAGCCACAUGCGCCACCCGUACCAAUUGCUGAUCAUUCCCCUCACCAUCUGGUCGGGCGUCGAACAGGCUUUCAUCGGCGCUGACUACACGGCCGCCUACGUCUCCUGCGGCCUGGGUGUCCACAUGGUCGGCUACGUCAUGAUCUGCUAUGGGGUUUGCGACGCUAUCUGCUCCGUGUCCUUCAGCCCGCUCGUGAAGAUGAUCGGUCGCGUCAGAGUCUUCAGCAUGGGCGCCAUCAUUAACUUCGCUAUUAUCAUCACUCUUCGCUACUGGAUGCCUCACCCUGAUGAUUUCCUGGUGUUCUUCGCCAUGGCAGCUUUGUGGGGCGUGUCCGAUGCCGUGUGGCAGACGCAGAUCAAUGCUCUCUACGGCGUGAUCUUCCCCGGCGAGUCCGAGGCCGCCUUCAGCAACUACCGCCUGUGGGAGAGCUUGGGCUUCAUCAUCGCCUACGCCUGCAGCACCCUCAUUUGCAUAGAGGCCAAGAUAACGAUCCUCCUCGUCUUUAUCUCGCUCGGCGCCGUCGGGUACUAUAUCAUCGAGGCGAUCGAGUGGCGCGGGGGACUUCGCAGGGAUGCCGAGGGAAAAGUCGUGCCGAUUGAUAAGCUGUUUGUGGAGUGAGGUCGUUCGGGACGCUGCGCAGAGGCUGGUGAGAGAGGAGUCGUUCGGUUCUGGUUAGUGUUGGUCGUUUGGGAGUUGAAGCUUGGAGGUCGUUGAAAAGGGUUGGUGAUGAGGUCGUCCUGUGGUGUGGAAUUCAGAGAGGUCGUUGUGUUUGUCGUUUGUCUGAAGGGGUAGGGGUCGUUUCAAGUGCGAUGGAAAGGGGAUGUGAUUGAUGUGAAGUUGAGAGGUCGUUUGGUUGUUCCAUUGUUUGUGGAGUGAAGAGAAGUUGUUUGUCUGCCGAGUGAAAUAAGAAGGGUCGUUUGCUAGUAUGAAGAGAAAUCAGAUAUUAAUAGUAAUGAUAUCAUUAAUGGUUAUUGGUAUUGAUAUUAAUUAUUAUUAAUAUUAAUUAUAUCAAUUAUUAUUGUUAAUAUUAAUAAUAUGUUGUUUUUGGAGUAAAGAGAAAAAAGUUGCUGACUUUGGAUUGGAAUGUUUAUAAAGUUUCAGUCAAUGUUUCGAUAGAGAUUUUAUUAAGGGAAAAUAAAUAUUUUUUUGAAGAUAAAUUGUUUGAGCCAGUUGAUGUAGAGAAAUAAGUUGAAUGACUGUGAGUGUGAGUUAUAAAGAUGCCCUUAGUCUAUUUCUGUAAAAUAUUCCUUUGUGUAUUGUAAAAUAGUGUUUUUUUAAUCCCUUUUCAUUGUGACUUCCUCCUCUGAGCUUUGUAGUAUGCUGUUCGAAGGUACACAGCAUUGCAGUUGAGAACUAGUCAAUAGAACAUUUCUUUUGAAUGACCUGUUAUCCGUUAUUUUAUUCGAAAGACAUAUAGUAUAUCUACAGUUCUUUUUUUUUUUUUUCCAAUAUUGAUAUUCUGAUGUACAGUCACGGUCAAAAACCAUUUGUCAAAUAUUAAGCAUUCCGACUCGAUGCUUCAUUGGCGACACAACUUUUGUCCGUUAGGGAAAUCUUAAUACUUUCUUUGUUACCCUUAGCAGUAGUUAUAUAAUGCUAUUCUUUAACAUGGAAAGAAUCUGUAGAUCUUUCUGUGUUAUCGAGACUACUUGGAUCGUAGUCAAAGAUAAAGCAGAAGGGAACUGUACAUUCCUGUCCAUUCCAAGUUAGUACUAUGCCCAAGUGUUAAGUUAUUUUUGCAGUCCAUUCCGACUUGGAGAUGAAAUUGAUAUCUACUUGAUUCAUUUUCAAAUGUUUAUUUUUUAGUACUUGUAAAUCAUUGCUCGGUGAUUUUUGUAGAGCAAUUUUAGGCAAAAUGUCUAGCUUCUUGCCGCAUGAAAAAAAGGAUGUGUAAAUAGAUAAAUAAAUGUGUAAAAUAGAAAUAGAAAUAUAUGAAUAAAAAUGAGGAGAGAUAGAUAGAUAAUGAAGAAAACGAAAAGAGAAACGUUUUUUCGACAAAAGCAAGACAUUUUUUAUGACAAAUUGUUCGCCAAAAUACGCUUUUUGGGUCUCUUGUAACCUGUUUGUAUGAAAUAUAUUGUAGAUAUGUAACUAAUGAUUUAGCCUAAAAAAAAUGAAGAGUCUCUGUAUUUUUACAUGUGAUAUAUAAUUCACUCAUGAUUUUUUUAUACACAACCUCCCUCGGUUAGCUAAUAGUUCUUUUCAAUUGUCUUUCAAUUUUGUGAUUUUAGCUUAGGCAAGCUAUAGUAUUUUUGUAGCUGUAUGUAAUCAUAUUUUAUACUGGGAAUGUGAUAGAGAAAACAUAAAUAUAUGCAACUGUUUUACAUAGUUUAUUGAUAAAUAAAGAUAAAAAAGUUU